AGCAGCAGCAGCAGCGAUGGCCGCCGCGAGAAGUAGCGGCGCGCUGCUGCCCCAGCCGAGCCUGGAGGGGGCUUGCGACGAACAGCUCAGGAAUGAAGACAAGCUCUCGGUGUGCAGCAAAUUGUGCUACGGCAUUGGAGGUGCUCCAAACCAGGCUGCUAGCAGUGCCACCUCUUUCUUUCUGCAAAUCUUUCUCUUAGAUGUAGCAAUGAUUACUCCAUUUCAUACUUCUUUGGUGCUUUUUAUUGGCAAAACAUGGGGGGCAGCAGCAGACCCUAUUGCCGGCUAUCUUAUUAGUAAAAGCAAACGGACCAAAAUUGGCCUACUUAUGCCUUGGUUACUGGGUUGUACACCUUUCCUCAUUGUGUCCUACUUCUUCCUGUGGUACUGCCCAAGCGUUAUAAAAGCAAAAGAUAUAUGGUAUAUGGCUUUCUUCUGCCUUUUCCAGGCAUUGAGUACACUAUUCCAUGUACCAUAUACAGCUCUCGUCAUGUUUUUGAGCGCAGACCAGAAGGAACGAGAUUCAGCAACGGCAUACCGAAUGGGAUUUGAAGGUCUUGGAACAUUGCUUGGAGCUACACUCCAGGUCAGUAUGGUCUCCGAUGCUCACAGCUCUGACAACUGUAACCAUAGUGUGGAUGACAUGGACACCAAUCUGUAUGGAAACAGUUCCAGUGUUCCAGACAUGUCUGAGGCAAACAGAAAACUCUACAUUAUUGCAGGAGGAACAAUAUCAACAUUAUACAUCUUUGGCUUUAUUGCCCUUUGCGCUGGAGUGAGAGAAAAAGUAGAUCCUUACGCCUUAAAAUCAGACCCACAAAUUCCCUUCCUUAAGGGACACAAACUUGCACUGAUGUGUGGACCAUAUGUGAAACUUGCAGCAUCAUUUCUCCUGAUUUCAACAGCUAUUCAGGUUGUACAAAACAACUUUGUCCUCUUUUGUUCUGAUGCAACUAAUCUUCACAACCACAUUGAUUAUUUAGUGGUGCUUGUCUUGGUAUCUGGAGCACUGAGCGUUCCAUUCUGGCAAUGGUUUCUGAACAGGUUCGGCAAAAAGACUGCAGCGAGUGGGAUAUCAUUGAUGAUUCCUGCUUCGACCUUGCUGGUGCUCUUGCCAGAACCGGCUGUUGCCUACUUUUCCGCUGGUGUUUCAGGGAUUAGCAUUGCAGCCUCUUUGCUGUUGCCAUGGUCCAUGUUGCCUGAUGUAGUCGACUACUUUCGGGUGCAGAAUCCUCAUUCGACAGGACAUGAAACCAUCUUUUAUUCUUCAUAUACCUUUUUUUAUAAGAUGUCAGCUGGGAUUGGACUAGGAAUUUCUGCGGCUAGUCUGAAUCUUGCAGGUUUCAAAUCAGGGGUGUGCAAACAGUCUCACAGUGUUGUUAUCAUGCUGAAAGUCUUGGUUGGAGCAGUCCCGUCUCUUCUCAUACCAUUAGGCUUGUUUAUACUCAUUUUCUAUCCAAUCAAUGAAAAAACUCGACGGGAAAUAAAAUAUGCCCUUGAAAGACGAAGGCAGGCGUUGUCCAAGCAUUCUCUGUGAGAAUGAAGAAAUCACUUCUCUCUGAAAGCCGGAAUAGCUUGUGGUAAUGAAAACCUAACCAGGCAGCAGUACUUUGUGGGAUAAAAGGCUGUUCCUUGUUCCACCGAAGCUUUAUUUCACGGAUGAUACACACAUCUAUUUAUCAAGGCUAAAUGAAUUCAAAACACAUUGUAACUUGGAGCAUAGUUUGGAGAGGAAUGCUUAGAACCUGGAUGUAUAGAACACUAUUACCAUACUGUGAAGCUCUGGGUAAACUGCUUGCUGCUCUUUGCACUGAUCUACAGCUAUACUGAGGAUUGGAAAACAAGCUGCCUUCUAAGCAUUGCCCGACGGUCUGUCUCCAAGGAUGGGUAGUCCUCAAAAUUUCAACUAGGAGGUCACGUUAUCCAUGCCUACGCAGACUCUCUGUUCGUCAAACAAUCCCCUUUCACCAUUUAGAGCAAUAACCGAUUAGAGCAAAAAUAAAAAUGGGGGGGAUCUUUUCUUCAUCAACCCUUCAAAGUGUCAGCAUGUUUUCAUGAUUUUAAAAUGUGAUGUUUUGCACCGUCUACUUAUCUAAAAUGACACUUGGUUAUGUCCCAUAAAAAGUGGCUCUGUGCAAAAACAUAUUGCCAAAUAUAAAGGCUUGCUUUCCAUGUGCUUUUUAAAUUCUAGCCCAUAUUUAAACUAUCAAAUUGAGGCUGUGAGAAAGCAAGAGCAUCUGUAAUCCAGCACGAUGCUGCAAAACAAAAUAGCAAAACCUUUAAAUGUGUCUUUGCUUCUGUAAAAUGUUGGAGAUUUGCUAUUCCAAGUGUUAUUCCUAGCUCCGUGAUUUACCUGGAGAUAAUGAUAUUGAGUGUGGCUCUUCAAAAUCAAGGGUUCAAACAAUUGCCACUCCAUUGCACCACUACUUUUGGCAUUUCUUGGUAUGGCAAUGUGUGCAAGAGGGUUGGAUAGCUAAUCAAGUGAAAACCAUAUUUAUUCCAGGUACUAUAUUAUUGAGGGACCCAGGUGGCGCUGUGGGUUAAAGCACAGAGUCUAGGGCUUGCUGAUCAGAAGGUCAACGGUUCGAAUCCCUGCAACGGGGUGAGCUCCCGUUGCUCGGUCCCAACUCCUGCCCACCUAGCAGUUUGAAAGCACAUCAAAGUGCAAGUAGAUAAAUAGGGACCGCUCCGGAGGGAAGGUAAACGGUGUUUCCGUGCGCUGCUCUGGUUCGCCAGAAGCAGCUUUGUCAAUGCCGGCUCCCUCAGCCUAUAGAGUGAGAUGAGCGCCGCAACCCCAGAGUCGGACACGACUGGACCUGAUGGUCAGGGGCCCCUUUACCUUUACCGUAUUAUUGGGAGAACCCCUUUGAUUGCUACAUUCUGAAAGUCAAGACUUUCAGAGGUUAUUGCACCAAAACUAUAGGAUAUUUGACAUUCUUCAGGAGUACCACAUGGUCCACCACUGAUUUUGAAGUCAGAUGUUCAUGUGGAGGUUCUGUUGUUGUUGUUAUGAACUCGCACCUUCAUACUGGAGUCGCAAUUUGGGUAAUUUCUGUGGCGCUUUACUGAGCUACUAGGACUCUGAUUUCAGUAAUACAGCCUUCAGAUGGAGACACCAGUUCCUAUUAACAGCAUCUCCAAAUGAAUACCACCUGCUCAUGAGCUCCACGGCAGAUUCCACAGAAGUUUCCAGAUAAUGUAAAUAAUUAUCCAUUCAGGUGCCAAAUGCUUGGGACAGGAGUGAUUACAGUGGAACCUCGGUUUUUGAAUUUUCGGUUUACGAACACCGCGGACCCAUCUGGAACGGAUUAAUUCACUUUCCAUUACUUUCAAUGGGAAAGUUCGCUUCAGUUUAUGAACGCUUCAGUUUAUGAACAGACUUCCGGAACCAAUUACACCCAUGCUUCGGGUUAAGAACGCUUCAGGUUGAGUACUCCGCGGACCUGUCUGGAACAGAUUAAUCCACUUUCCAUUACUUUCAAUGGGAAAGUUCGCUUCAGUUUAUGAACGCUUCAGUUUAAGUACUCCGCGGACCGUGUAGAACAGAUUAAUCCACUUUCCAUUACUUUCAAUGGGAAAGUUUGCUUCAGUUUAUGAACGCUUCAGUUUAUGAACAGACUUCCGGAAUCAAUUGUGUUCAUAAACCGAGGUACCACUGUAGUCAGUGUUGUGUCUGCCUGUGCACACAGAAUAUUGGCAUUCUCUUUCAAAAUGUGCUAAGUUAUUUUUCUCCCAAUGUCACUGUAACUGCCAUCCACUGCUAUUUCACUCAUUUAUCCCAGGUCAUGUUUUGGUCCUCUGUUGAGAGUACAGAUUAAUGAAAGAGGUACAAAAGUAGAGCACACGGCUACAUGUGUUGUCUUCCUCUGCUUGCAAGUAAAUUGACUCUCCAGGUAGGUUCUUAGUGAGCUAAAAAUAUUCAAUGCAGCAUGUAGCAUUGCUAGGAAAUCUAAGCAGGGGGCAGAUUACAUGGCAGGCUUUGUGACCAGUGAUGGCUGGAUAUGAUGAAGUAUAAAACUCCCAUUCUCAUACUUACCAGUAGCUGUCGGCAGAGAAAUUGCACUAUUUUUUCAGUGAAGAGCAGGUUCUCUCAGUCUGAGCUGGUACAUGUUGGAAUUUUAAUGGCUAGAGUGUAUAGCUGAAUAUAUUUGGAAAUGGAGAAUGUAUUUUUAUUAAUGAACUGUAGUGUUUGUAAGUUUAAGUUUAAAAGCUUUCACAGGGUUGGGAAAAAUUCUGAACACUUAGAACGGGUGCAUUUAAGUUAUUUUGGAACGCAACCCAUUGGAAGCAAAUCAUCAGCUGGGCCCAGUGAAUGAUUAGAUUUGAGGAUUUAAAUGUUAAAAGUAUGCUAUUUGGCAUCGCUUGCCGUGAUACAUCACAACAAAGCAAAAAAGUUGCUUUUGUAUCCUAAUCCUAAUGUAUCUCUGGGAGUUGUCAAGCUAUGCAUGAGCUGAAUGAGGUGGUGGAAACUAAACACUUCUUCCAUUACAUAGUGGAGAUUAAGCCUACAGAAUACAAGACUAGGCCACUGUAUUGUUUAUAAGGGUCUCAAAAAUGACACAGUAACCCAAGGAAUUUCAUUCUUUCUGCUGCCAAGAAAGCUUGUCUUCCUUUACAGUUUCUGUGCAGCCACAAGGGAUGUCAGAGAAUUCUGGCAGAAGCUGAAGGGGAAAUCAACAUCAUGUUUGCUUAGUUGUCCCAUGUCCCAAAUGGUAUGUCACUGUUGAUGCAUUUAGUCUUCAACCAAUGUGUAUUUGAUUAUAUUUCCCCCUGUUUGCAUUGUGGGAUGGAAUAACAAUGACAAAGUAAUUUAUGCCAGAAAUCACAUAGGUUCUGUAUUUUUACUGCAGCGGACAGCAGAUUGGUAACAUUUUUGGUGCAAGGCAGUGGAUGCCGCAAACACAAGACGGAACAGAAAACGAUGCCUUAUUACAUCCCUAGCAGCCACACAUACCAGUUUUAAACCUAUGAACCCCCUUUUGGAACUGAAAGCACACCCUGGUAUGCAUUAAACACUCCCCUGUAGGUGAUCAUUGCAAGGGAAGAUAAAUGACAGCUGAAAUGCCUUUCAGGCACUUUUUUUAACCUUUAAAACUUCACAUGCCUGCUGUUUCUAGGAAGUCUUCUAAUUGUGAGUCUUUUGUGGUUGAGCUGAGAGUUUGUUUGGACCCUGGGUGAGAACCCAAAGGCUAAAGGGUGUGUCAGAAGGAAAAUGAAUUGAUACUGCUUUAUAGAUAUAUUCACAACUUUCUAUUUAUGUAACAUUUUUAUAUGUAAUUGUGUAUUUUUGUAAUAUUUUAAGCUGUCUGUUGUUGCUUCAGAUUUUUGUACACCACUUAAGAGAAAAUUCUAAUAUAUUAAGCAGUAUAGAAAUUAAAUAAUUAAUUGAAUGAUCUCAAACAGCUGAUAGACCUGCAAAUGCCACAGAGGAUAGUUUUGACAAUUACUAUUAUAAUAGAACAUGCUGUAUUCCAGAACGAAAACAUGCUGUUCAGCUGACUAGCAUAGGAGAGAUAGCAGCUGCUGCUUUUUGGAGAAGCUGAAUCAGUUUAUUAAAAAUAUUUUGGUAUAUGUAAGAUAAUAGCUAGCAGUGCAAUGAAAAUGUAUAAUGGCAAUAUUAGCUGUCAGGUGAUUUUAACAGUUUCUCCAUUAUUAUUUUAACAUCUUAUUUUAACUAGGAUUUUAUAAAAAAUGGAUUAGGGUUUUUAAUAUGUUCCAUAUGCCCCUUUCCCAUUCUUCUUUCUUGAAACUUCCACCAACUCAAUCACCUGUAAGGUCUAAACAGCUUUGCAAGGCAGCAAAACAUCAUGUUUGAGAUCUCCAGUUCCCAAAUAUUAACUCUGCCCCUCACCUCCUAGGGUAUGUGAUAUCACUUUAGAAUACCCAGCAAUCAGUCUUCAUAGCUGUUAUGAAUUAAACAAAUCUACUUUUUAUUAUAGCUUAGAAUUGUUCAUCUUUGAUACAUGCAUACUUCUAGACAUUUUGAAGGAAGACUUCAGUUGAGAUACAUUAAGGUUAGAUGCAGUUACUCUUAUCAUGAUUCUAAUUCGUGACUAGUUCUGUAAGUGGAUUUAAAUAAUCACUUGUUCAAGUGCAUAGGAAUUUCCAGGCACUGGUAAAGUACAAAUACAUUAGUAUAACAAUACAGAAACUGUAGCAGGAGGAGUGUGUUAUAUGGCACAGCAAUAAAUAUGAACCAGUUUUGAUUUCCGCUUCUAGAAUCAGAAACACCACCAGUAACAUAGUUUUCAGUGUGUUCAUGCCACUGAGAUGUGUCCUGAGUAAAUUCUAAUGACAAAACCCCCUGAAGACCAAUGCUCUGGAUAAAAUUUGACUUUGUGUUUAGUAGAGAAACAUACUUGGUGAGGAAAUCUGAUAAUAUAAAUUUGUUAAUAAAUAGGUUUGUUGCUGUACAUUGCCCUGGCAUUUUAUA